AUGGUUAAUGAUGUCUCACGUAAGAGACCAACAACAUCCAACAGAAGACGUGCUAGGCAAACAAAACCUGAACCAGUGGAAGUGAAUGUCCCUGUGGAGGAGGAUGACCAAGUGGAUGCGAAUAAUGAUUAUGUUGACGACGAUAUUGGUGUGGAGGAUGACGAUGUCGAUAAUGAUAUUGGUGUAAAGGCCGAUCUCAUGGAGGACGAUGUUGGUGUGGAUGAUGACAACAUAGAACCAGUUUCGGGUGCUCCAAAGGAUCCUUUAUUGCUAAUUAGCUUCCGUAACCAUGUUGUUGCCGCUGUUUGGAAGAAAAAGGAACGGGGACCUCUUAAAUGUUUGAAUCGUUCUCGAAAGCUUGCCGAGUGGCCAUGGAUGUCACCAACAGUCCAAAAUGUUAGGUGGAGACAUUUGGUUGAGCAGUCUGGUCUUAGUGUCCUUAUUGAUCACACAUAUCGGCAUGGCAAUAGAGUGACAAUAUCUACCUUUGUUGAAAGGUGGCAUCCAGAGACAAAUACAUUUCACAUGCUAGAUGGUGAGAUGACUGUCACAUUGGAUGAUGUGCGGACCGUAGUUUUUGUGAAUGCCUAG